GACGCGAAGGUGUCACGCGCUGUGGUGGAGUUUAGCGAUCAGAAGGCGAAGGGAGAGAACUCGGAAGAACGGGUAUCGUGCUUGAGAUUGCAAUGGCAGCGUCUAUCAGGAAAACCUUUAGCCUGUUGUCAUCUGGAAGUUUCAGACUUUUGAGGACUCACAGCGAGAGACAGUUUCAUCUUGCUGCAGUCAGGACCAUGCCAGCCCAUGAUGCAGCUUUCGAGCAGGCUAAAGAAAGGCUCAAGACACUCAGUGAGGAUCCAGGCAAUCAAGUAAAGCUGAAGAUGUAUGGUCUCUUCAAGCAGGCCACUGUUGGCAAAUGUAAUGCACCCAAACCUGGAAUGAUGGACCUAGUGGGAAAAGCAAAAUGGCAGAGUUGGAAUGAGCUUGGCAGUAUGUCUCAGGAUGAUGCACAGAAAGCCUACAUCAAUGUAGUAGAGUCCCUUGUGGCAGAAGAGCAAGGAUCUUCCUCAGCAGAGGCAAGUGGAGAUGGAGGAAAGUACAAACAGAUCAAAGUAACUCGAGAAGGAAAAGUAUUCAAGAUCCUUCUGAACAGACCUACCAAGAAAAAUGCUAUCAAUUACGAGAUGUACAGAGAAUGGAUUGACGCUCUGAAUGAGGCCAGUCAGGACAAAAGUGUAUCAAUUGCUGUAGUGACUGGUGCUGGAGACUAUUACUGUAGUGGAAAUGAUCUGGCUAACUUUGCCAACAUCAAACCCAGUGAUAUUGGCAAGAUGGCACUCGAUGCCCGAGAAAUACUCAGGGAAUUUGUUGGGACUUUCAUUGAUUUCCCGAAGCCAUUGAUUGGUUUAAUAAAUGGCCCUGCAGUUGGUGUUUCAGUCACCACACUUGGUCUGUUUGAUGCAGUCUAUGCCUCAGAUAGGGCAACAUUCCACACCCCUUUCACAGUGCUGGGUCAGUCACCUGAGGGAUGCUCUUCUUAUGUGUUCCCAAAGCUCAUGGGAUCGGCAAAGGCGAAUGAAGUGUUGUUGUUCAACAAAAAAUUGACAGCUCAAGAAGCAAAAGAGAGAAAUCUCAUCACUAACAUCAUCCCAGAAAAUUCUUUCCAGAAGGAGUCAGAUGCCAUGAUGCAGGGGUACUCAAAGUUGCCACCUAAGAGCAUGACCACCUCUAAAAACCUUAUCCGUGAGGUUGAGAAAAAGAAGCUGCAUGAAGUGAAUGAGAAGGAGUGUGACCUGCUGGUUGAGAGGUGGCAGUCCGACGAGUGUAUGAAUGCUAUCAUGGCCUUCUUCACAAGGAAGUCCAACCUGUAAGCCGUAGUGUGUCUGAGCCAGGAAACAAUGUAGUCUUGUAUAUAUACUAUUCAACUUUUGAGCACUAUAUCAAUCCAGGCGGGAUUCAAAAGAUGUUGCGAUGUUAUUAUACAGAAAGUAAUUGAUGUUAUCACUGGUGAAUUUUCAGCUUCAUUUCAAGUGGAGUGAGUAUGGUUUUAUGCCGCUUUUAGCACUAUUCCAGAAAAAACACGGUGGGGGAUCACAUGAGAAAUGGGCUUCACACAUUGUACCUAUGUCGGGACUCGAACCUGGGUCUUCGGCGUGAUGAGCAAAUGCUUUAGCCACUAGGCUACCUGACCGCACCACUUCAAGUUGAGGGGGCUGUUGAGUAGUCUUGUGCUUAGAAAGCUUAAGGUCAUCAUGCCAAAGGCUUGGGUUUAAUUCUCCAAAUGAGUACAAUGUGUGGAGCCUAUUUCUGUGUACCAUGCUGUGAUAUUGCUAGAAAAUUGCUGAAAUCAUAGUAAAACCAAACUCACUCAUUUUGAAAUAAUCGGAAUUACAAGAAUUGUUGACCUUUGAGUUUCGUCACAUUGACAUACAGUAUACAUAGUGUAUUUUUUAUCCCUGUCAAAAGUUGUGUAGCAUAUGUGCAGAUGUAACUACUACUGAUUGUGAUUCUGUAACAAGGGUUUGUAAUAUUAUUCAUGUGAAUGGAGUUUCAUUUUCAGGGGUAUCUAAUCUUAAGGAACUUGGGACAUGUUUGUAAAAAACAGUGUAAUGGUAACAUUAAACAAACCUUGCAAUUUGUUGUUUCAGUUUAAUUACUUGAAUGAAUGAUAUUUCAUCUUAUCUAUGCAUUCUGUGUGGAAUCCCACUUGCCAACAUGACAUUGUCCUUGGUUUGUACUAGAUUUUGUGUCACAUGUUAUGAGAGAAUGAAAAUAUCAUUAAGUGAGAUAUAUCUGUUUGCAUCUGAGAAAACAUCCACGUGAGCUGACAUAUUCUGUACAUUAGCUGGUAUCCUUUGUCCACACACUGAAAUGAACUGUAUCCUUCCAACAAAGUCAGCCUGUGAUGUUUCACUGUUGUUCAGACUUCAUUCAUCUGAUGCUGUCAACAUUCACUGUGAAUUGAAACUGAAUAAACAAUGUUUGUAUUUA